AUGUCUGCCUACGAGUACGACGCUCCUCCCACCCGGGAGCGCUCCCAGCGUUACUAUCGCGAGGAGCGCCGAGGCGAUCGCUACGGCAAUGACAACUACCUGAGGGUGCAAUCUCGCGACCUCGUCCCUCGCGCACGAGAGGACAGCGACCUGUCGGUGGAAGAAAUCCACCGCGACUUUCCGCCACCAGGCUACCAGAGAGAAAUCCGCCGCGCCCGGUCAGCCGAGCCUGGCUAUUACGACGAGUAUGAUGACCGCCGGUCCUACUACGCGCCCCGGGACCGAGACUAUGACCGCGACUACGAUCGCGAGUAUGAUCGCCGCUCCCACAAGAAGGCCGGCAGCGUCUACUACGAAGAGGAGGAGAAGAAGAAGCGCCGCAUGCUGUCUCAGCAGCAGAAGAUCCUCGCUGCCGUUGCCGGUGCUGCGCUCAUCGUCGGUGGCAAGGAGCUCUACGACCGCCGCGAGGCCAAGCAAGAAGGGGGCGAAGUCCAUCGUAAUGCGAUGGCCUCUGCCGCCCUCGGUGCCGCUGGUGCUCUGGCUGCCUACAAGGGCGCCGACUUCUACAACUCCCACGCUGCCAAGGACGAGAAGAAGUCGACAUAUGUCGUGCACAAGGGUCGUGACGGCAAAGUGACCGAGUACUACUCGGACGAGGACGAGGACCCCAAGGAGAAGAAGGGCCACAAGAACUUCCUCGAGAACGCCCUUGCGGCUGCUGGUCUCGGCGGUGCCAUGAAGGCCUUGACUGGCGGGAAGGACGACGACAAGAAAUCCGACACUCGAUCGCGCCGGGGCAGCCGCUCCAGGUCGAGCUCGAGGACUCGCGGCGGUGACGACAAGAAGCCCGGCAACAAGAUCCAGCAGGCCGCCAUGGCCUCCCUCAUUGCCGGAGCAACAGAGGCUUUCCGCGUCUCCAGGCAGCCUGGUGGCUGGAAGGGAGAGAAGGCCAAGCGCGUUCUCACGGCUGCUGCCGGUGCCGCUACCAUUGAUGCUGCUCAGAAUCCUGAAAAGAGUAACAAGCUGAGUAUGGCCGAGUCGGUCAUCGGUGGUCUGCUGGGCAACCGUGUCAUCAACGGCUCCAAGAAGAAUAUCGAGGAGGACAAAGCCACCGGCCGAAGCCGUUCCCGCUCUCGAGCAGCUUCACGCUCGGACGGCGGCGGCGGCGGCGGCGGAGCCACUGGCCUUGCUGCCCUCGCGACCGCAGGACUUGGUGCUUUCGGCGCCAAGAAGAUCAUGGAGAACCGAGAGCGGUCCAAGUCGAGGGGACGCGGCAGCCCUGAUGGGUACGACAGCCGCGACGGCUCGCCCGAUCGACGUCACCGAAGCCGUAGCAGGAGUGUAGUCGACACAGCGCGACGCAGUCUCGCCAGGCUCGGCAUAGGCAACGGCCCUGAGGACGACCGGGACCGCGACUACGACUCACCUCGCGGCGCUUCCAGGAAGGACAGACAUCGCCGCGACCCGUCUGCGGAUAGCUACGACGACGGCUACUCGCGUGACCGGGGCUAUGGCCGUGACAGGCGCGAUGACUACGACGACGACCGGUCGUACCGGCGUGAUCGCGACCGGAGCCAGAACCGAUCGCGGCGAGGCGGACGGGGAGGAGGCUAUAGCUCGGCGUCGGAGAGCGACUUGGGAGAUUCUUCGGAGGACGAGAAGCGGGCAAAGAAAAUGAGAGGUAAGCAAAUCAUCACUACAGGUCUCGCGACCGUAGCCACCAUACACGCGGCGCACAAUGUCUAUCAGAGCAUGGAGAAGCGGAACCAGCGGCACAAGGCGGUGAGGGAAGGUCGGCUGUCUCCGGAGGAGGCCAAGAAACUCAAGAGCAAAGCCAUCCUGCAGGACGCGGCGUCGAUCAGCAUCGCGGCCCUGGGCAUCAAGGGCGCCAUCUCGGAGCUCAAGGAGGCCCGGGAGCGGACGCACGAAGUCAAGCAGUUCCAGGAGGAGAAGGCCAAGCGCCACGAGAGGCGGCUGCAGCGCCUGCAACGUGCCAACGAAGGGUAUUCGAGAUCGCGGGCUGACAAUUGGGAACCGGCAGCUCCUCCGCGCUCAAGCCGGUUCGAUGACGGGCCCCGUUAUGUCGAUGGGAACCCUUAUUCGGCCGCCUUGCCCGCUCCUCCUGUUGGCUACAGCAGGAGGUAA